AUGUUCGCCCUAAUCUACUUUGCGAUCCUGCAGUCUGCGGCGGUGCUGCUGUAUUGCGCCAGCGGGUGCCUCGCCGAGGUUCCUGCCCUGAGGCCCGAGAGCAGUUUUGCCGAGGCGGUGAUGAACAGCGACCCACCGCCGGCGGCUGCGGUGGUGCGAGAGGUGCCGCGCAAGGGGCAGGGCGCGGUACAGGCGUACACCGUCGCCAGAGCCGGAGCUGGCAGCGCUGAAUGGGCACCCAUCCGCAUCCGGGCGUUCUACGGGGACCUCAAAAUCCCGGCGAAGCACUGCACUGCCGUGGGGGAGAAAAAACCGGACUUUAAGGGGAAGCUCAAAGAUUGCACACGUGAGCACCUCCUUGACACCCAGAAGAAGAAUAUGAUCAUGAAAACCAUCAUUCCUAACGCCAUCAAGAUGCAUGCGGAUCGCCUCCUUGUUCAGCUUGUUCGCGGCCGCUUGGAUCUGUCCAUGGUCAGGGACAAGAGGAGUCUUUGCAGGCACUUCGCUGUUCCCGUGCCUCACUUGAGAAAGGGUGCUGCGAAUGCCGACAUGGUGCUCUAUGUGGCCGCUGGAACAGACAGCUCAACGUGGGCCAGUCCAUGUGAUACGUGGGGAGACACGCGUCCCACGGCGGGAGCCAUGCACAUCUUCCUUCGUGAAGUCGCGUGGCAGACGUUCAACGUUCGCCGUGCCGCGCAUGAGAUUGCGCAUGCUCUCGGAUUUGUCUACGGGCGGAUGAAGCGUCUGGGGAUGCUGUCUACGCGGCAGUUGCCUGGCACGGGAGGCGUGACGGUGAUAAGUUCAAGCAAAACAAUGGAGACGGGGCGGAAACACUACGGCUGCGAUAAAUUCCCCGGUAUGGUGCUAGAGGAGUUGAGUAAAGGCAAUGUGGCGGCGCACUUUUCGUUCAGCUUUGCGAAGGACGAGUUGAUGGGUCCAUGGCCUUCUUUAACGGGCGGUCGCUACUCCGCUCUGACGCUCUCCGUGUUUGAGGAUAUGGGGUAUUACCGCGCGAAUUGGGGCAAGGCGGAGCCGAUGAACUGGGGCAACGCUUCCACAUGUGCGUUUUUAGAGCAAACGUGUCACAGUGAGAGCAACCGUUCCUAUCCAGACAUGUUCUGCAGCACCGCGGAUACCCACAUUCGCUGCUCAUCUGACCGCUCCUCCGUCGGACUCUGUACCAGAGUGCCUGUGGAUGUUGCGCCGACGAAGAGCAGCACGUGCUCAAUGAUUAUUCCCUUCUACGCGUACGGCGGCCAGCAGCUGUAUUACAGUAUGUGCGCCAUCGAGGCCGCCACAUUCAUCCCUGGCUCCCGUACCGGGCCUGGCUCGUUGUGCCUGGACGUGGAAACGUUCCAGGUGCCGAGCAUCAAAUACCCUGGAAAAAUGAAACCGGUGAGUGGUGUGUGUGCCCAAGUGCAGUGCACCGAUGGUAAGGUGCAGGUGCGGUACCAGGGCAACGACGAUUGGCACAGUUGCCCCGAGGGCCAGUCAAUUGCAACGGACAAUGCAAGCGGGCCUAAAUACAUUCGUUGUCCCAGGUACGACGAGGUGUGCCGGACUACCGCCGGGAAAAACACUCGUGGCGGGGUGAGUAACUGA